AACACAUAUCCACGCGCUUCUCGUUUCUUUUUUCUUGUCCUCUUAGAAUUCGAAUUCUGUUGUGGGAAAUUGAAUUCGAUAAACCCCCCUGCAACGCAUCAAAAUCAUAAGAUUCCAACCAUCCCUCAAUUCUCAAUCAUCAUGAUUCUCUGAUCAAAGCCCUAAUUUUGAUUGCUCAUUCGUCACUAAGUUUCCCUGGAAAACCCUAGUAGAUGCAUGCGUGCAUACAAACUCACGGAAAAUGAAGACUGUCUGUAACAAAAAUCUCGAUGUGUUCGAUUUUAAAGAUGAGUCUCCUCGAGUUGCUCUUAGGAUUACGAGCAAGCUAGAUAAAAUUAGAAAUGCUGCAAUUGACAAGUAUACAUUUCUCGCAACCGCUGCUGCAGGAGAAAAUAUUUCAGAAGAGGAGCUUAAAUAUGUUCCAUCUUUAGGGAUUGAUGCUAUCAACAUUACUCACAUGGCUACCACCCUUAUAGAAGAUCCUUCUGCUGUAAUGGUGACUGAUUCAAAUGAUGCUUUUACAGUUGCUGAACAACCUCCCCCUCAAUCAACUCCAGAACUCGAAAUUGAUUUAUCUGAAUCAGAGGUCAAUGUAGCCACCACAUCAGCUUCACCAAGCAACAACAAAUUAAAUUCAGUCAUCUUAGAUCCGUUGCCCAAUCUACCUGAAUUCAUAUGUUCUGAUGGUCCAUCUUCAAGGUCUGAAUCUCAUUUGAAAUCCUCACAGAAGCAGGAUGAGGCAAUUGAAAUGGAUCCAGAUGAAAAUGGAAGCUUGUGUGAGGGAUCUUCAUCCUCUUCUGAUGUUUCUGAAGAUGAUGGUGUUGUUGUUGGAACAUCUUCAAAUCACUGCAUAGCCAGGUGGGAAAUGAACAGUGAAGAUAUAGGAGCAGUGGUGUUCUACCCUGAUUACAUGGUGUAUCGUGACAGUUAUUACACAGAUUCUGUAAUAUCUUUUAAUAGCAAUUCGAUCAAAAUGAAAGCUUCAACCACAGAUGGAGAUGACAAAACCUUUAAAUUCAAAUGGGGAAUUGAGGAUAUACUCCAGAUUAGAUCUUAUUGGCAUGAGCAGGUUGAAAUGACAAUGGUAGUGAUUUAUGUACAUACCAAGGAACUUACUGAAAAUGUUGAUUGCAAUUCAGACACCAAGCUGAAAUUUGCAGUUAUUGGUUCUCAAUGUCAAUGGUAUGAGAAACUUGAAGCAAUAGCAAGUUUGAAUGUCAUAUACAAAGAUUUAUGGACAAACAUGCUCGAUUCAGAGGAUGUUGUUCUUGGACAUACCAGAGAACCCAAUUCCAAAUAUCUUCCCAACUUCAGUCGACCUUUUGAAGAAGUUGUGUAUCCAAAAGGAGAUGCUGAUGCUGUUUCUAUAAGCAAGAGAGACUUUGAUUUACUUCAACCAGACACAUUUGUUAAUGACACCAUCAUUGAUUUUUAUAUCAAGUAUUUGAAGAACAAAAUCAAGCCUGAGGAGAGACACAGGUUCCAUUUCUUCAACAGUUUUUUCUUCCGGAAGCUUGCUGAUCCAGAUAAUGAUCCAUUUGAUGCUUCUAAAGGAAUAGCUGCUUUUCAACGUGUAAAGAAAUGGACAAGAAAAGUUAACCUUUUUGAGAAAGAUUAUGUUUUUAUUCCUGUAAAUUAUAACUAUCACUGGAGUCUUCUUGUAAUUUGUAAUCUUGGAGAGGUUGCCACAUACAAAGAUGAAGAUGUAAACAAGUCAAUGAGAGUGCCAUGUGUUUUGCAUAUGGAUUCUAUUAGAGGAAGUCAUACUGGUCUAAAAGGCCUUCUACAAAGUUACCUGAAGGAAGAGUGGAAAGAGAGGAAACAGGAGGCAUCUGAAGACAUAUGCUCAAGAUUUGAUAAUUUGAGAUUCAUUUCCUUAGAGUUACCACAGCAGCAAAAUUCAUUCGACUGUGGUCUAUUCCUGCUGCACUAUGUAGAACUCUUCUUAGAGGAAGCUCCCCUCCAUUUUAAUCCUUUUAAAAUCACAAAUAGCUUCAACUUUCUAAAUAUGGAUUGGUUUCCACCUGCUGAUGCAUCUUUGAAAAGAGUAGUUAUCCAGAAGUUAAUCUGUGAUUUACUGGAGAACCCUCAUCAAGAACAACAAUGCCACCUCACCUGUUCGACAACAACAAAUUUCCCAAAAGAUGAUCCAAGUACAUCGUUUGAAUUGGAAUCGUUUAUGGGUAAACAAUUAUCAACAAAUAAUUUUGAUGAAUUGAAUUUGAAGGGCUCUCUGACCCCAAUUGAGCAAGAAGAGGUGGAAGGAGGCAGGCAUGGUUGUUCUGAAACGGAAUCAGCAAUCCAACAAGGGAAUGGAAUGACGGUGGACAAUGAUUCCGAUUCCCAAUCAUCACUGGAAACAUCAACUUCCGGUUGUCAAGACGAAGACUCAGACUCAGACUCAGACUCGGUUGAAAUAGUCAAUGGAGUGGAUGUAGAAGAAGUCGGAAUCGGAUUGAAGAAGAAAAGAGAUGAAAUAACAGAUUGCACUCAGAUUGAUGAUGAUGAUGAUGAUACAUGUAUAGAUAUGAUGGUGGUCCCUUGUGACCGGAUUCCAACCAAAAAGUUGAGAAUUACACAAGAAUCAAAAAGGGUAUGAAAGAAAAAGCUAUAUCUCUGAUUUGUGAAUACUAGUGGGUGAUGCUGAUGCUGAUGCAAAGUAGGUAGGUAAAAUGUUUGUUUUAGAGGGAGGAAGGGUAUCUUUUAGUAGUAAUACUAAUGGUUGAUUGAUUAAUCCAAGCUAAAAGUCAUUUCAUUUCA